UGCAACUAUAACCCGAAACUGUUCUUUCUACUCAUGUGAACUCGGGAUAGAGGCUUCUGUGCCAUUUACGCAAGUCGAAAAUACUUCGAAGUUACUUGCUGUCAUCACAAGCCAUAUGACUUUAUUGUGAAACUUCGUCGAGCAAAUAUAAUGCCUUCUAAACGAGAUGUGAAAAGAACCAACAAGAACAGGAGAUCAGACUAGAGAACCAUUGUAUCCGUAACCGUUAAGAUAUUUGGAAUUCCGAUAUUUUCGCGAUAAGUGACUCAUGCUGAAUAAAUUCCAAGGAGAUUCUUUGAUAAAUUCUGACAGACAAGCACGAUCGAAAAUUUUUGGAUGCUGUUAAGAAAUUUUGUCUGCCACAGGCUGAAGACACAGAAAUUUCUAAAUAAGGCUUACCAACAAUGACGUCAAAUCAAGACAUGCUGGUGAGAGAUAUGGGUCAUUUACAAAUAUCAAAUUAUUCUCCACAACAAUAUUCAUCCAAUAGUAAAAAAAUUGCCCCUGUUGUGCCUCCAAAACCAAAAUCGGAUAUGUAUGCUACAGUAGGAGCUAAAUCAAAUGGAAUGUAUCAUUCAUCAGUACACCCUCCCCCACAGCCUGCUUCUGUUGUUUCAACUAUAAAUGAUCCUAUUUAUAGCAAUUUUCAUCCUGAUGAUAAUAUGCCUCCUCCACCUCCACCACCUCCUCAAGUGACAUCAUAUUCUCCUCCUCCUUCUCAACACUAUCCUCCACCUCCUCCUGAUGCUGUAGCUGCACCAUCGUCACCUGCAAGUUCCACAUAUGGGACCCAGGCUGGUUAUUCUUCUUACAGGCCCAACUCUUCUGUGAGUUCAUACGACACUAGUUCGAUAUAUGAACCUAUUACACCACGACCUCCAAGCCAGAUGAGUAAUCGCUCAAAUUACAGUAUGGGCAGUGGAAGCUCAUCUCUAUAUUCUUCAUACUAUCCAGCCUCAGGCCGAGGAAAAGGAACGACUGGGCGACCCACUGGAAAAGAAGCUGAAGUUGAUCGUCUUACAGAUCUGAUGGUUCAGAGUAUGGAAAAUUCAAGUGAUCCUGAAUUUUAUGAGGAUGAGGAGGAAGAAGAAAUCCCUGUUAUUGGUAUGUGUUAUAAAUGUGGAGAAAAAGUACUUGGAGAAGGCAGUGGAUGUACUGCAAUGGAACAUGUCUAUCACAUAUCUUGUUUUACAUGUCAUAUAUGCCAUAAGGAACUUCGAGGAAAGCCUUUUUACGCCAAAGAUGGGAAACCCUUUUGUGAAGAUGACUAUUUGAACACGUUAGAAAAGUGCUGUGUAUGUGGUGGUAGAAUCCUUGAUCGUAUUUUAAGAGCCACUGGAAAACCAUAUCACCCUAAUUGCUUCACAUGUGUUGUUUGUGGCAAAUGCUUGGAUGGGAUUCCAUUUACAGUUGAUGCAACAAAUCAGAUUUAUUGCAUUGACGAUUUUCACAAAAAAUUUGCUCCAAGAUGUUGUGUUUGUAAACAACCAAUAAUGCCUGAGCAUGGUAAAGAAGAAACAGUUAGAGUUGUAGCUCUAGAUCGUAGUUUCCAUGUCCAAUGUUAUAGAUGUGAAGAUUGUGGUUUGCGGUUAUCAUCAGAAGCAGAGGGUAGUUGCUAUCCUUUAGAUGACCACAUAUUGUGUCGUAGUUGUAAUGCAAAAAGAGUGCAGGCUUUAACUUCCUGCAUGACUACCGAACUGUAGUCAAUAAUAAUUUUCCCUGCAUUCCUUGUUUGAAGUUUGUAAAAGAAUAAGUUAUGUCAGAAGGAUGUCAUCCAUGUUUCUUAACUUCAGAUAACUUAAAAAGAAUGUUUUAUGCUCUAUUUUGAUACAUGUCUUUUUUUAUUUUAGCAUAUAUAUUUUACACUGAACAUUAUCUAGUCUGUAUUUUUCUGUUAUAUUAGUGUAUUUUCUCUGAUCUUUCCUUGUAUUCAAAACUCAUGUGCAAAUGUAGUGUAUAUUGUGUAUUGAUGACGUAUUUGCCUUUUUGUAACAUUUAUAGUUAAAGUUAUAAAUAAUUGAAAAGUUUUCAGAAUUUUCAAAAGAAAUUUAUAUUUCUGAAUUGCGAGGAACAUCAAAAUUUAGAAAUUCAUUUAAGAAAAUGUAUAUUAGGAAAUUUUCACCGAAUAGUGUCACUGAAAUACUAAAAUUCACUGAAAUUUCAUUCAGUAUAUUCAGUUUGUUAGUACAUUGUAUCAAAACACUGUUGUGUUGCUUCUUUGUAACCUUUUGGAUAUUUAGUAAUUUAUGUAGUUCUGUGUAUGAAUAGCUGUAUUAAUAAUUUUCUCUUAACCGAGAAAUGAAAAUUAGUGAAUUGUUUUCUUUCUCACUUUGUUUAAAUUCAGGGAACAAUUUCUUUUGUUUUUCAAUUAUGUAAAUAUAAUUUGUAUAAAAAUUUACAGCAUUUAUUUUGAUUAUUAUAAUUGAAUAUUUUAAGUGACUUUAGAUAUGUAGGAUUUGUUAAUUUUUUUUUUGUAUAUUUAAUUUUUUAAUCAAAAUCUUUUUAGUUAAGUAGACUACUAAUUUAAUAACGGAAAUUAAUUUUCUAAGAAAAACUAAACUGUAUUUAUGGCUACUCAUAGAGACUUAUAAUGAAGUACCAGCAUUUCACAAUACUUUGUUAACAAAUCGGUGGUUACUAUAUAACUACGUAAAUGAUUUUUUUAUUUUCAAAUAUAUUAUUGAUUUGAAGUUACAUUAAAUACAAUAGUGGAGGUAGAAAAAGGAGUGGAAAUUGAAUUCAGUGCGAUGCCAUUAUGUAUCUUUAUUAUCCAUUUAAUAGGAAUUUGCAUUUCGUUAUUAAAUAUGACACACAUUUGGAUAAUCAUAUGCUUUAUUUGAUAUGUAAGGUAUUUAUGUUGUAAGUAAAUUAUUUGCCAGAUAUUUUCACUUAUUUGAACUUGAAAUUGAUUUUAAGGCAGCUAGCUUCCUAAUGAUGAUUGAGCUUAGAUAUACAGAAUCCAAAUAAUAUUUGUGUUCUUGUUACAAAAACAUGGGCAACCAAUUGAAAAUUGGUGUCCUAGACUAACUGGUAUUUUUCCACUCAUGAUUUUUACAAUUUAAUUGUCCAUAGCUAAUAAAUAUAUUUAUGUUAAUGGAGCUCUGAUACUAUUUUGUUAUUAAUUUAUUAAAAUAUCUUUUAAAGAAUGGCUUCCUAGUUAUUUAUGGCAGAUGUGGUAAAAAUUGUUAUUGAGCCUGAAUUAUGCUUAAGUAUUGGAAUUCUGAAUACAAAUCUGCAUUUAUGGCCCUUUUUUUAAUAGUAGUAAUGAUAAUAGUAUAUUCAUUUAGUGCUUAAUCUUUUAUUUAUAACAAUGUGAUUUAUAAAUUAAGCACCAAUUCAAAUAUUUUUAUUAUUUGAGUUAUUAAUUGGUAUUUAAUAAGGGAGCAAAUUGUUAAAUUUUAUGUAAACUUGCAAAAUUUAUUAUUUUAAGUAUUUUAGAACACAGUAUUUCAACUUUUUUGUGCGAAUGUCAAAACUUUUUGCAAACAGCUGGCUUGUCAGAUGUAGCUUCAUCUUCCAUAAAAAAAUUAUAAUAAAAGUGAAACUAUUAAAAAUAGACAGUAUAGUUAUUUAUUACAAAUUUAUAUACUGAUAUUACUUUUCUGGGAUAUUUAUUUUUCAUUGUCAAAGCUAAUAUGAGGUGUGCAAUUGCUUUUUCUUACAUAAGCUGUAAUUAGUUUCUGCUCAUAUUGUAAUGUAUGGAACGCUAGUUCUGAUAACCAACAUUCGAUUUCAUUUUCAUGUUUUUUAUCUUCAUAAGUAAUUGCUGUGAGUAUCAAACAGUGAAGUUAAAGUAAAACUCAUUUUGAGACUCUGGAUACUAACCUGAAAAAGCAUACUUUUAAUAAAAUAUGAACAAAAGGUUAUUAAAUAUCAUUUCAUUUUGGAUCUCAACAUCUUCUUCCUGCAACAUAUUUGAGAACAUCAUUGGAAUCAGUUUCCAAAUGGAUCUGUGAGAACCUUACCUUGAUUUGCCCUGAAAUCUGUAAAUUUUUGCCCAUCUUGGUAACCUAUUUUGUGAUGAGGAAAGAGAGACUCAUACUGUUCUCAUAGUUUUUUAUUACUAAGUUCUCUUUUUUUAUGUUAAAGCUUUAUUCACUUAUUUUUUCUGAUCUUGGAAUAUUCUUAUAACCAUGCCCAUGGAUCAUAUAUUGCACAACUGUGUUAGAAUUAAAAUAUUAGUGUUUUUGUGCUGCCAGAAAACCAUUUAACAGCUGUGUAAUCAUUUCAUGCUGUCAAUUAUUAAAACAGCUUUGUAAUCGUGAAGAAAGGCGUUUUAAUGGGGGUGUAAAAAUUCAGAAGCGUAAAAUGGCAGAAAUUCAAAAUGAAGAUGUGUACAGAAAAAUAAAAUGAAUAAUUUAACAUUGUUUAUUAAAAUUUGAUUUAAAAUUAUUUUGGUUUUGUUAAAAAUUACUUGAUCAGAAAGUUUCAGCACAUUUUAAUAAUUUAAUUUAUGAUGCAUUUAAUCAUGAUUUUUAACAUGCUGAAUCAUAAGCCUUGGAAAGUGUAUGGUUCUUAGCCAGAGAAGAAUAUUAUAAAGCACUUCUGGUUACUGUGAAUUUUUCCCAAGUCCCCCCAGUUAAUAUUACUAAUAAAAAAUUGCAGAUUUUUAUAUUUGUAGCUAAAGUUAUUUAAAAUCAGUUAUAGCAAUUUAAUUUUAUUAAAAAUUUACAGUAAUUUUCGUUUCCUCCCCUCUCUGGUGUCAGAAUUGCAUCUUAUGGAGAGUUAUAUGCAAUCCCAGAUAUUAUAGGACAUAAAAGUUAUUUAUUUCAUUUGGAUCAUGCAAGUGGCAUUUGGAACUAAAAUGUUUAUCCAUUUUUCAAUGUAAAAUAUAAUUGUUGUAGACUGUCAAGAAUGCAUUUAACUGGUAGAUAUAAUAGUAGUUGAUUCCUGAUCUAUUCUGUUAUUUUUAUAUGGAAUUUUUACAUACGUCCGUGAAUGGAAAAACUGGAGAUAAUUGUGUAAUAAUCUAGUAAAACUCACUGUCAUGGAGAAAACGUUUACUGCACUGUAAAUAUUGAUAAAUAAUAGUAAAAAUAAUUCAUGCUCUUUUUUUGUAAUAGAUAUUAUUGAUCUUUUGUUUAGCAGUAUAGUUCAUUUUCUCAUAUGUAGGUAUAAAUCAUAAAUUAACAAACUCAGUUUUUUAGUAAUUCUAUGUUUUAAGUCUAUAAUAUUUAUCUUUUGGGAAAGUUUCCAUCUUUAAAAAUACAUUUACAUUUUUUACAUAGUAAAUUAAGUCAAUAUGAAGAAAGAUUAUGUUGUAUAAUAACAUAAUAUAAAUUGCCCUGUGAUAGAGAGUUUAUUACACAUAUGGCUUCUUUCUUGCAAUUAAAAUGCUGGUUAGAUGGUGAAUGCAAUUUAACACUAACCUGUAUUUUACAUUUGAUGGGAAAUUUCUUGCAGCUUUUAGUAAAUGAAAUUAACUAUAAUAAAUGACCAUGAAAUAGUUUUAUUUUAGUUAAAUGAAAAGUUAUUAUCAAAGUCUCAAUUUUGAAAAAUUCUGUAUCAGUGCUCAUUUUAAAAUAUAUGUAGUUAAUAUAAAUACUAUCAUGCGUGAUAGUGGGUGUUGAAUAAAGUAUUUUUUCGUUUUAAAAACAAGUUAUUUAAUCUUUAGUUGUAAAAUUUUAUUGCAUUUUGUUUUUUAUCUACUUAAGUAUAUAAAUAAAUAUAUAUAUUAAUAUUCAAGAAAUUAUACCGCAUAUUUGUCAUAUACCUUUAUUUUUUAAAGUUUAUAUUAAAUAAGAAAUUAAUAUUUUGUUAUAUAUAUUAAAUUUUGCAUUUUUCUGUGAGUAAAGUUUUCAUGCAUGGAACAAUCAGAAAUAAAAUGAACGAGAUAAAAGUGGAAACAAAUAAGUGCUAUAUCGAAAUUUUAUUUAAUAUCAGAUUCACAUAUAUUUUAUAUGGCUUUUCUUUAUUUGAAAAACGUCUAAUCCUUUAUAAAUUGCUUUUGCCCUUUGUGCAGAAAAUAUAAAAUCAUAGAUCCAUUACAAAAUGUCACUGGAUAGUGAAUGUUAAAUUGUUAAUUUUGGUAGAAAUAAUGUAUAUAACUUUGAUGACCAAUGAGUUACAUAGUGUGAUACUGCAGUUGGUUGUGAACUGUUUUAUAUGAAAUGUUUAUAUCCUAUAUUUUAAAAAUAUUCAUUUCCUACUUUUGGUUUGUUAAUAUAUUUUUCAAAGAAAUGCAUAUAAAUAUAUUGUACAUUUUUUGGGGGAUAAAGCUGACCUAAGAGAUUCUGUAUGUUUUGUUAUUAAACCAUGCACGUAAUAUUUAUGUAGUGAACUUUACAAAAAAGGAGCAUUGUAAAAAACUAUGCACAUAGUUAGUUUUUAAAUGGUGAUUAAAAUCAAGAUAAAAAAGUGUACUAUAAUCAGUGAACUUUUCAAGAAAAAAGCACUGAACUUAAAAAUAAUUUUUGCUUAUGGAAAUAUUAUUUAAAUCCAUUUUCCAUGACUUUGAGAUUGUAGUUGAUGCAGAAAUAGAUCAACUGGUUGUUUUGAGGCAGCUGGCUGUGCCAAAACCCAGGCUUAGUUUUCUUUGGUACAUGUGAUUUCUCUAUUAAAGUGUUUAAAUAAUUAAA